UCACCUAAUAUCGACUAUUGAAUUUGUUUACAAAACUUACAAAAUAAAAUAUCAUGUAGAUUGUAAGGCCAUGCCACCGCAAAUAUUAAAUGAACAGCACUAUGUGGAAAGUGCCCGUGUUUAUAUGAGAAGGGACUCCUCCAUCCUGAUUAAGUGCUGCCUUUGCAAUGCGGACACCUUUUCCGGUAGCGAGUGGAAGGAUUUCUUCAGACACCUUCUUCAAAGGCAUGGAGGAGCCCGCCAGUGGAAUGGUGAUGAGGAUGAAAUCCAACGCGAGGUGCAGGUGGAGCUGGCUAACCUCAUAGAAUCUGGUAUCACUCACGAUUCCCAGAUGGCUGACGAGAAAGCAGAGGAGCAGGAAUUCUAUACCAAUGUGGAGUACCUUGAGGAGGAGCAGGAGAACAAAGAACUCAUCUGCUCAUCGGAGAGUGAUCAGGAUAAUAAUGAACCAGGAAUUAAUAGCCCCGAUGGCUACAUAGUUUAUAAGCCAAACAGGCCCUUUUUCAGUCUGCAGCGUACAAGCCCCACGAUUAUUCAGUACUUCAUAGAGCUUCUGCGACGGCACAAGUUCCUAUGGAGCAACAGCCUUGGGAUUAAUAGAAAAGAUCGUCUGGAAAGCUCACACAAAGUGGCGAAGUCUCUCCAGCAUCGGUUCAGCGUCCUUUUGGAACCACAAGUGGUCAAUGCCAGUGCCCGUUUCCUGCAAGUCUGGUUCGAGCGUCAGUACGUGAUGCAGUUGAGCAACUCUGCCUUCCGCUGCCGCUAUCCAAAGUAUUAUCGCAGCCUGCUGGGAUUCAUGCCCACAAACCACAUUUCGGUGACCAUUUGCGAAGAGUGCGACAGACGUUUUCUUAACGAGCACCAGUUACGGCUGCACAAGUUCAGCGUACAUGGUGGACCCAAUCCGAAUACGUGCCAUGUGUGCAAACAGGCUUUUCCUCUAGCCUCCAAGUUACAGCAGCACCAGGCGCGGUACCACUUCAAGCCGCUGGAAUGGCAGUGUGGACAAUGCGAUUACAACGCACCAUCCAAAUGGGACUUCCAGCAACACCAGGCUAUGCACUUGGGACUGAGAAAUUACACCUGUGAGGUGUGCGGGCAGAGCUGCAAGACCAGCUCCGCUCUGGCCGUUCACCGACGCACCCACGACCAGCCGAAGCUAUCCUGCCCCCACUGCAGUCGGCAAUUCCGAGAAAAUUACGUUUUAAAGUGUCACAUCCGGAAAUUUCACGAGGAUGACAACGCACGACGCUUUUCCUGCAACAUCUGCUUGCGGAGAUUUCAAACGGCAGAGAUACUGAAGCUCCAUGAGUUUGUUCAUUCCCAGAACGAAGAAAAGGAAUCCGAGGAAGAAGAUCUGUAGCGGUCCUAUCAUUAAGUACUGUUCGAUAAAAAAAGAUUACUAGUUUUAGUUUACUUUAACAAAAGGAGUCUUCUCAAGGCUCUAAAAACAACAGAAUUUAUUUAGUACUCCAUAAAAUUAAUAAUUUUUCAAAAAUUUAAAAAAGGAGGAGACUCAAACAAAGUUAUACUCUUGUAGCCUUAGGAAUUAAACUAACUAAAACCACA